UGACAGAGACAGCUAUAUUUCGCCAUCGGUCAGCUGAACGUCAGUUGAAGACGGCAAACGUGGAGUGUGUGAUGUGUGGGACGACAUGCUCCGCGCUGUUUGUGCUGCAGUAGAGCAGCAGGAAACGGCUCAGGGGGGCUUAAAACAUCACAUGCAGCCUCACAGAGGGCCCGUGUGAGAGCAGCUGUGUCGGAACACCCUGGAUUUGACUUCACAGGACUGGACUAGUUGAAGCAUUGCUUUUUCCUCCCUGUCUGGACACUCUUGUGACAAUUUCCUCACAUGUCCUAAACAAUUAGAGAUGAUGACUUACUAAGCAACACAAACCAACAACUUGUCCAGGCUGAACUCUGGAGAUUUGACGAGUCACUUUAAAGGGGUCCAUGGAGGAGCUGGAGCCAGAGGAGCAGUUCCUGCAAUACGCCCGGAACGGAGAUCUGCCGGGGAUACAGAAGCUCCUCAUGUCCAAGAUAAGGGCAGAGACACAGAUCGACAUAAACUGCAAAGGUAAGAAAAAGUCUAACCUGGGAUGGACGCCUCUUCACCUGGCCUGUUACUUUGGACACAAAGAUGUAGUGGAGGAAUUACUGAAGGCUGGGGCGGAUGUUAACUUGCCCAAUAAUAUCGGAGAUACACCGCUGCACAAAGCUGCCUUCACAGGAAGAAAGGAGGUUGUCAUGCUGCUGCUGCACUAUGAUGCAUGUGCUACUGUCAUCAAUGGGACAGCACAGAUUCCCAAAGAUGUCACUCAAAAUGCAGAGAUCAGAAGCAUGCUAGAAGCGGCCGAGAGAACAGAGGAGAGGAAACUGGAGGAGGAACUUUUGGAAGCUGCACGAGAAGGAGACCUUUCAACUCUAACUCAGCUGCUCAGCAGGAAAAAGCCGCCAGACAUCAGCUGCACAGAUCUGCUGGGUAACACUCCACUGCACUCUGCAGCCUAUCGAGGCCAGAAGCAGUGUGCCCUAAAGCUGCUCCAAAGUGGAGCGAGCCCCAACAUCAAGAACAAGAAUGGCCAGACAGUGUUUGACCUGGCUAGUGAUUCAGCAAUGAAGCAGGUCCUAAAAUUCAGCGUUCAUCGAGGUAUGACCCACAAUGUCAAGAAGUACGAGGGACUCCUCUGGAAGAGCUCCAGAUUUUUUGGCUGGCGCUCCUACUGGGUCAUCCUUCAAGAUGGGGUUUUAUCCUGGUACUCAAAACAGUCAGAUGGAGCUGCCAAUAUCAGAAGGCAAGGUUGUAAGUCCCUCACACAUGCUCACUGUUUGAUCCGAGCCAAAGAUAGCUGCUUUUUCACCCUCAAGUGCUUCGAUGACAGUGUGCAUCACUUCAAAGUAUCACCUAAAAAUGACCCAGAGGCAACAAGAAAAGCGUGGCUGGACGCACUGGAAGAGCACUCCGCUUACAGCACACACUACUGCUCCCAAGAGCAGGGCAGUGAGGAGGAGGAGGAGGAGGAAGUGAUGUCACUCGGGGAGCUAACAGACACACUACAGGCAGCGGAGGCCAGCCGGAAGAAACUAGAAGAGGAGGUGGCAGCUUUCCUGUCCAUGCUGAAAAAUGAUGGGCUGGCAGAAAGGUUUCCAUCCGCCAUACUGCAGAAAAUGCAAGAAAUCUGUGAGUUGUCCAGCGCGACCCAUUCCAGUCUCAGUGUGUGUCUCAGCUUCUUCUCCAGACAGGAAGGGGUGCGCAGUCUGAAAUUGGAGCAGGAGGUAGAGAAGAAUAAGAUCCUCUCCGAAGCGCUGCAGACUCUCGCCACGGAGCACCACGAACUUGAGCAAUCCGUCGUCAAGGGAUCUCCACCGCGGAGUGCCCUCAGCGAGGAUGAGUUCCACGACGCCGUGUCUGAAUCGGACUCAGAGCUCUCCCUGAGCGGCUUUGAGACGGUGGCCAGCCAUUCCUUUGAGGAGGACGAGGAGGAGGACGAAGGCUCUGUCAUGUUAAGCAGCCCUUGCAGUAGCCCCACCAGCAUGUUGCAGGAGGAUCACCAUGGCGACAAGGACAAGGCUCAACCCAAUGGGAUCACAAAGCAUAGGACCAGCUUACCUGCACCAAUGUUUUCAAGAAAUGACUUCAGUAUUUGGAGUAUCCUGAGGAACUGCAUUGGAAUGGAGCUCUCCAAGAUCACAAUGCCAGUGAUUUUCAACGAGCCGCUAAGCUUCUUGCAGCGUCUGACAGAGUACAUGGAGCACACUUACCUCAUCCACCAGGCCAACACCUCCUCAGACUCUGUCGAGAGGAUGAAGUGUGUGGCUGCGUUUGCGGUGUCCGCUGUGGCCUCCCAGUGGGAGCGGACAGGUAAACCCUUCAACCCUCUGCUGGGAGAAACCUAUGAACUGGUCAGAGAGGAUCUGGACUUCAGGCUCUUAUCGGAGCAGGUGAGCCACCACCCUCCAGUCAGCGCCUUCCACGCUGAGGGCCUGAAGGAAGACUUUGUGUUUCAUGGAUCCAUCUACCCAAAACUCAAGUUUUGGGGCAAGAGUGUGGAAGCAGAGCCUAAAGGCAUCAUCACUCUGGAGCUGCCCAAGUACAAUGAAGCCUACACAUGGACAAAUCCUACAUGUUGUGUUCACAACAUCAUUGUGGGCCAGCUGUGGAUUGAGCAGUAUGGAAAUGUGGAGGUGAUCAAUCACAGAACUGGUGAAAGGUGCUGCCUGAAUUUCAAACCAUGUGGUCUUUUUGGCAAAGAACUGCACAAGGUUGAAGGGUAUAUUCUGGAUAAAAGUAAAAAGAAGCUGUGUGCUCUCUAUGGGAAGUGGACAGAGUGCCUGUAUGUUGUUGACCCUGCUGCCUUUGAAGCGCAUAAGAAAAACGACAAGAAAGGGGCAGGGGAGAAAAAAGGCAGCAAAGCGGGUUGCAGUGAGGGUCAGGAGGAGGUUCCUUCUCCAGCUGCAGAUACUGUGGAGAUGAUUCCUGGCAGCCAGCUGCUGUGGAGAAUCGCACCCAGACCAGCCAACUCUGCCCAGAUGUACAGCUUCACGUCCUUUGCAAUGCAACUGAACGAGCUGCGUAAGGAGAUGGAGGGAGCCAUUCCUCAGACUGACUGCAGGCUGAGGCCAGACAUACGAGCCAUGGAGAAUGGUGACAUCGACCUCGCCAGUGAGGAGAAAAAAAGGCUUGAAGAAAAACAGAGAGCUGUUCGCAAAAACCGCUCCAAAUGUGAUGAAGAGUGGAAGACGAGGAGUCCUGCCCUGGGCCCAAGGUGGUUUCAGCAGGGGCAAAACCCCCACACCAGCUCCCAGGACUGGCUCUUUUCUGGUGGAUACUGGGACAGGAAAUACAGCCAGCUGCCAGACAUUUACUAAUGGACAUUUCCUGCACAAAUAAAUUUGCUCCAUACAGUGUCCUCAGUACAGAAAAGCAUUAACUGUUUUUUGUUUAUUUUUUAACGGAAUAGCUACAGUAACUACAAGCAAUAUGCAAACAGUGUACUUAAACUGUGUGGCCUUAAUCAACUUUAUGAUAGUAUAACUGUGCAUUAAAAUAGUAAAUAAUCAAUAUACAAUUACAAAAUGUAAAGUUGUUUGACAAUGCUUUGAAAUGUAGCAUUUGUAUUUACAUUCUGUUCAUAAUGGACGUUUAGCAUAGUGGAGAAGUGCUGAUGCACAGGGGUGCAUGAUUUUAUUGUCCAUCUGUCUUCUUUUAAAUGUUCAUAAUGGUGUUUUGACUCUAAAUGUAGAUCUGUAUAUAUACUUUACACAAAUUCAUCUUCAACCUGACCUCAUCAUGCCGUUCACUUUUCCUCUGAACUAUACAAUCACUUAAUAUGAGGUUGACGUGGAUGUAAUUACUCCAGAUGUAUUUUGUCUUGUAAAAAAAUUAGGCUUACAAAACAUACUCACAAAAACAUACAGUAUAUUUUCUAUAUCAAUAUUAAACUUAUAAGAAUUGUCUGGCA